AUGUUUAAGGAGAUGGGAAUAUAUGUACAGAACAAAGAGAAGGACAAGGCCACCCAAAUGGACACCGACCAUUGUCAUACAAUCAAUCUGUCAGACCUGGAUUGUCCAUCAACUACACUUUGGCGUCCUGGUGUGGCCACUACUACAACUAGCACAACACAUACCACUACUCCUACUCCCCCAACUACUACUGAUGUCCACGUGGAUGACCAAGAGGAAGACACUGAUGAUGACAUAUACAGCACAAAUGAUGCCAAACAACAGGAACAAUCAAUCACACAAUCACCAGACUACACCAACACCAAUGACUUGUAUGGAGAAUCAUCCAAGAUGGAGUUGAACCUGGAUGACAACCUCAGCGAACUCAUAACAUUCAGUCCAACAACAUCAACAACCUCAACUCAUACACCAGCCACAAAGGAAAUGGACAAUCGAGAAGAGAUGGACGAGGACGACUUAUACCUGGACGAUUUCUUUGAGGUAGCGGCAAUGGUGGAGUAUUUGAGUGAAGUAUGGGUCUGGGAUGUCGAUCAGCAAGUUGGUGCGGGAUGUUGUAGCAGCAGCAGCAUCAGUCUACCCUGGAAGAAUGGAGUCACUGGAGGCCCAACGAUCGUGGAGGGAGAGUUUGAGUGCCCCAUCUGUCUGGACGAAGUCGAUCGUUCGGUUCAAUUCCCAAACUGUCAUCAUGGAUAUUGCCAACCAUGUGUCAGUGCUCAUCUUCGUGAGCAAGUCUACCGCAACAAAGGCAAGAAGCUCACAUGUCCCUUCCCCAAGUGUCCAAGCACUGUUACACACAAUGUAGAGUUCUAUUCACAAUUCCUGGACAAACAAUCAUUGGACAAACUCAAUAUAUACCUGAUGAUCCAGUCCAAGUCAUUUGGAUCAUCUAUGGCAGUCAUAUUCUGUUGCAACUGUAACAAUCCAUUGACUAGGACUGACAGCAAGGACUUGAAUGUUAUAUGCGACAAUGAGGAAUGCAAAGCCUUGCUCUGCUUUGAAUGCGCAACGUUUGCCCACGAUGGCAUGACAUGCAAGGAGAAUCUAAAGACCAUCAAGGAGAACAUGUCAGAGGAUGAUAAGAAAUCAAUGGAGUUGCUGGAGAAAGAGCAGUUCAAGAACUGUCCCAAGUGUGGCGUGCUAACAUUCAAGGAGGAUGGAUGCGAGUAUGUUUGCUGUCUGACUUGUGGCCAUCAGUUCUGCUACUACUGUCUGGACCCUCAUGAUCACAACAUAUCCACUCAUGUUCAUGGCCCCAACUACAUUGCACCAAUCUAUCAACCUUAUUAUCCCUACCACCGAAGAAGAGGCCAACGUGUAAAGAAGGUGGCGACAGUGGCAGCUCUGACAGUAGGCGCCAUCAUAUUUGGACCACCAGCGGUCGUUAUUGGUGCGCUGCCAUAUGCCGCCUACCUGGGUGUCAACAAGUUGCGUGUAUGGAACAAGCAGCGCAAGCUGAUCAAGAACAAGAAAUGCGACUACGCUAUGUGGAUAGUUGCCGAGAAGAAGAGGCGCGAGGACCUGAACCUCCCUGUGUCCGAGUACAUCACUCAACAGUUUGCCGCACUGCAGUUGCAGGAAUAA